GAUACCAGCAGCUUUCUUUCAUUCAGAAACCAGUGCCGAGAGCGCGCGCGCGCACAUCACCAUGGGCCAAGAACAGUCAUACGCUUCACACGCUAGUGUGGCUUCAGCCAGACGCUACUCCAAAUACGAUAAAGACGCCAAGUACGAAGACCCCAUACAAUUCAGGAGCCCCCCUGUCGACUACCGCGCAGACGAGAAAGAUUAUAAACGACACAAAAUUAGACGCAGCGGCGAUAGCUUCAAAAGCGACAAUACAGAUAGUAGCGGAUACAGAAGUGGUUCAAGUGCCUACGAAUGCCGUUCAGACAGAUCCUCUAAAAGUGAUUAUUACUGCACGUCUCUAUACAAAAACGACCAUUACAAAGACGUCAACAAAGAAAUAUACAAACCAGUAAAGAUAACAAAAGAGCAACGAUACAAACUUCAAUUGUUUGACGACAAGGAGGAUUUGAAAAGUGAGCGGUUGAAGAGUUACUUGAGUGACACGGAGAAGGCGCAAAAGUCUACACAAAAGAAGUGCGGCAUAAGAAACUAUACACCGAAGAUUCUAUCUGACGAAGAGCAGAGAAAAAAGAUUGAGAACUGGAUAUAAGAGAGUAAUAA